AUGUUGGAGGAGAUAGUCUGCACCGGAAACGCCGUUAGAGUCCAACACACUUCAAAAGAACAGUUCGAGCAACACCAAAAUAUACAGAGAAGUAUUAAUAUAUUUCUCGAUAUUUCGCUGAUCUAUGUGUCAAUUGAAGCACCGGAAAGGCGUGGCCAAGGAAUCACUCAAAGACUUGUUUCCGUAUGUCGGACAAUAGAAGCCCCACUAUUUCGUGUCGUUAUCAAUCAAAUGCUGACAGCUUCACAAGGCGAGGCUGACCGAGUCGAACCGAAAACACUCUUGGCGAACCUGAGGAGGCAGUAA